GAACUUUGUUCCAACUGUGCGCAUAGGCAUGAGGCUGUCCAUGUAUGCAUGCGGAUUUAGAUAGACCCGUUGCCUUUCAUCGUAUCAAUAACAUGUAGCUACCUCAGCAGGUUUCGUGAACAAUGAACAUGCUUCAUUUCUGCAACGAUCCAUUAUGUGAAUACCUUCUCCUUAGCGAUGGGCGAUAUCUUGAUCCUAAACGAAGGGCUUUUGUGCGCAAGGUACGCCAAAUGUACCCUUGACCUUGUCUUAGGGAUGCCGAUAGAUGCAUAUAUAACGCAGCUUCAACACUUCCAAAUUAUCACAAGCUCACAAUGCUCGAAGAAAUCACAUAUAGCGAGAACUCAGUUCUUAUACAAAGUUCCAAAUCACAAGACACCGAUGGACACUCACGCGAGGAUAUGCCACCCCAAUGGCAGCCCCCACCGAGUCCAAUAGCGAGGCGCUUGUUCAUUAUCCUUUGCUAUAUUUUUGUGGCAGACUCGAACCUUGAAAGUUUUUGGAAGAGAAUCAGUAGAGACUCCUCGAAGGGCUGGAAAGACUAUCAUGCCGAAUAUUUUGACUUCCUUAACCGCAUAAGCACCGUGCAAGGACUGCUGCUCACAACGAUAGCUGUCUUCAUCUCAACUGCAGCCCCGUUAUCUAUCCUAAAUUAUGCUGCAGACAUUCCAUACGCAUGUUUGUCUGAGUCACUCGUCUUCGCUUUGUUCGGGCUGUUCCUGCAGUUGUUUGUCUCUGCCUACUUGGGACCACGCUAUAAACGCGCGAAAACAUUGGACGAACUCAAAGAGAAACGCUGGAUGAUCUUUUGUCACCUCUUCAAUUUAGCUCUCCCAGCUCUUUUCUUUAAUGCUUCUUUAGGUUGGCUCUUAGCGGCGAUCGUGAUCACCGGGUGCAUGUCACAAUCACUCCUCACUCGUAUUCUCACAAUCAUCACCGUCGUUGCUCUGGUCUUGCUGGAAUUUCUGUCCUUCGUGAUUCUACCUCCAUUUCGAAAAUUUUGGGCCGUCUCGUUGUGGGGUGUUCACCAUGACAGACAUUGAGGAUACGGGACGGUUCUAUCACUUUAUUCAGCCUCUUUACGAUAUGCGCGCUUAUCUCUGUCUUUGACAGUUGUACUACGACCUCCAAAUGUACAUGGUAUUAGCAUGCCUUCCCGAUGUAUAUUUCUUAUAUCCCAUUCACUCAUGUAUAUCUGUUAUAAUCUUGAUCAGAUUCACGUUU